AUUCCAAGGGAAAGAGGACAAAAGUGCCUUCCAUAGACACGCCUGCCUCUCUCCCACCUCCACCUCACAGAUGCGGUAAGAAGCCUCAGGUGAGCAAUGGCAGGCGCUGGUGAGCGCAAAAGCAAGAAGGAUGAUAAUGGCAUCGGGACGGCCAUUGAUUUUGUGCUCUCCAAUGCCCGGCUGGUGCUGGGGGUGGGCGGAGCAGCCAUGCUGGGCAUUGCUACACUGGCGGUUAAGCGGAUGUACGAUAGGGCAAUCAGUGCCCCUACCAGCCCCACCCGCCUGAGCCAUUCAGGGAAAAGGAGCUGGGAAGAACCAAACUGGAUGGGCUCCCCCCGAUUGCUCAACAAGGACAUGAAGACAGGCCUGAGUAGGUCCCUACAGGCCCUUCCCACAGGCUCCUUGGCCUUUGACACAGAUACAUUCUGCCUGCCCCGGCCCAAGCCAUUGGCCAGGAAGGGCCAGGUAGACUUGAAGAAGUCACGACUCCGCAUGUCCCUGCAGGAGAAACUUCUUACUUACUACCGGAACCGGGCGGCCAUCCCUGCUGGCGAGCAGGCUCGGGCCAAGCAAGCUGCCGUGGACAUAUGUGCCGAGCUCCGGAGCUUCCUGCGGGCCAAGUUGCCUGACAUGCCACUUCGGGACAUGUACCUGAGUGGCAGCCUCUAUGAUGACCUGCAGGUGGUGACAGCCGACCACAUCCAACUCAUCGUGCCCCUCGUGCUGGAGCAGAACCUGUGGUCGUGUAUCCCCGGAGAGGAAACCAUCAUGAACGUCCCCGGCUUCUUCCUGGUUCGCCGGGAGAACCCAGAGUACUUUCCUCGUGGUAGCAGUUACUGGGACCGCUGUGUAGUAGGGGGCUACCUCUCUCCAAAGACAGUGGCAGACACGUUCGAAAAGGUAGUGGCUGGCUCCAUCAACUGGCCGGCCAUCGGGUCCCUCUUGGACUAUGUGAUUCGACCGGCCCCACCCCCAGAGGCUCUGACUCUGGAAGUGCAGUAUGAGCGCGACAGGCAUCUCGUCAUUGACUUCCUGCCAUCAGUGACCCUUGGUGACACUGUCUUGGUGGCCAAACCACACCGGCUAGCCCAGUAUGACAACCUGUGGCGGCUGAGCCUGCGUCCCGCCGAGACGGCGCGCUUGCGGGCUCUGGACCAGGCCGACUCGGGCUGCCGCUCUCUGUGCCUCAAGAUCCUCAAGGCCGUGUGCAAGUCCACUCCGGCCCUGGGCCACCUCACCGCCAGCCAGCUCACCAACGCCAUCCUCCACUUGGCCCAGGAGGAGGCUGACUGGUCUCCAGAUGUGCUGGCUGACCGAUUCCUGCAGGCCUUGAGGGGACUCAUCAGCUACUUAGAGGCCGGAGUUCUGCCCAGUGCCCUAAACCCCAAGGUGAACUUAUUUGCAGAGCUCACCCCUGAGGAAAUAGACGAAUUGGGAUACACUCUCUAUUGCUCACUGUCUGAGCCAGAGGUGCUGCUGCAGACAUAGGGCAGGUGAAGGCAGGUGUCGGGCGGUCAGGCCCUGGAUUCUCUGUUAGAAACACUUGGUUCCAUAGUUGGUGCCUCACAGGGUCCCUAGGUGCCUCCCAUCUUUGCUGGUCAUUGGCCUGGGCACUUCACGCUGAUUAGAAAGGCAUCUCUCUCUCCUCUUUUCUCACCAACCGUUUCUAUUUUCGUUACCAAGCACUGUGCUCCCUACUCUUCCCCUCCCCCUUGCUCCAGGCUGGUUUUUCUUUGAAUGAAUUGAGAAGGUGGAGCACUGGCCCGAGCUGUGGAGACCACUUGGUGUUUUGCAUUUUGGCACGGCUCUGCUGUGUCUGCCCUGCCACCUGCCCCUUUUCAGUGUCUUCUCUUUUUCCACCUGUUCACACCUGUUUUGCUUUUUUUUCUGGAGCACAUCUGCCUAAUCAAGAUGCUGUCUUGUAGUUGACUGUCACUGAAGUUAUGAUUGCAUGUUUCAAACUGAACUCUGCAGAGAGCGCCCAGACAGUAUUUAGGGUUUCUAGGGGUAAAGCUGGUGGAAAAGCUGGCCUUUGACCCAGGUUCCUGGAAAAGAAGCCCAUCCCCCCACCCCCCCCGCCAACUCUUGACCAACUCAUAUCCGUAAGUGCUAAGAAGGUCUCUCAUGGGAGCACUGUUGAUGCCGCACACGGGAGUGAGGGCUCAAGAUAAACUGGAUGCAGAGUUAUUCGGAGACUGUGUUUCUUAGUGGCCAUCAGUGAGAGUGUAGAGUGGGGGAACCUGGAGAUGGUGGAGAGGGUCUGCGUGCUUGAUGUCUGUGCCUCAUCUGUGGCUGGUCCAGCCCAGCACCACCGCGUGCAGGAGUCAGACAAAGACCGGGAGGGAAGGGGCUGUUGUUUGCCCCCUUCCUCACCUUCUUGCCAAUUAGGACAGGGCCUUCAAGGACACAGUCUUAGUGCUAGAGGUUCAGCUAUACAGGCGGCUGAACGUCAGUGACCAUGUUUCUCCCACGUCAGGCCCUGCCUUUCUAGGAUGUUGCCUUAGAGCAAGAACGGGCCCAACAGCCAGGCCUCCGCUCCCCAGUGUCUGUCACAGGAACGUGAUGGAGGUGUUUGCUGAACUCUCCAGGCACCUCCAGAGGCCAAAGGGCAGGCACAUAUGCACAGACCUCUUCCCCCUGUCCUGUCUCUCACCCAGCACCUGGGGAAAUCGGUGCUACCUAGGAAGAGAGCAUAUGGCUAAAACACAUAUGAGAGGGAGGUGGGUACUUGCCACGUUCCUUCUUGUUUCCCGCUGCUAGAAUUGCACUAUUUAUUGCAAUGUAAAAAGUAUCCUGAGAGUGGGGAGGAAUGUUUAAUAUACAAUGUCAGUGCAUCUUCUUGUUCUGUGUUUAUUUUUUCCUGUUUGUGCCAAGAGGCUGAUGAUAAUUCUGUUUCUGAUCUGCCCAUCCAGUAUUUUGUUCUCCUCCCGUCAAAUCCUAUUAUUAUUUUUAUUCUUACUACCUCUCCAUCAGUGAGAUUCUGGUGAAGCUCUCUGCAGCUGUCUCAUUCCUUCCCAAUGACCGCGACAUGAAAUGACUCUUUAAAUAGCAUUGAAACCUUAGCUUCUCUUUGAAUUUGAGGUAGAGCUUCCUGUCCCCUUUUUUGUCCUGGAUUAGGAGGUUGAGAACUAGGGUUAACCUUGGCUAUAUUUGGAGACUCUUCCUGCCUCUUCUCUCAUAUACAUGCAAAGCUUCCCUAAAAUGGUUCAGUUGUUUCAUUUGUAUGAACACAUUGAGCGAGCAUGAAAAAUAGAAAACCCAGAACCCUGAGAGAGAUCCUCCAUCCUGGCUGUUCAUCAGAAUCAACUUGGAGUUUAUAAAACACUCCAUAUGCCUGAGUGCUACCCUGGGGGGUUGGCGUAGAGGACGUACAGAGGGUGUAGAGGAUGUGGGGUGGAGCCUGGCACGGACGUUUCCAGUGCGCCAUCUGGUGUCACUGGAAGGAGGGGAGAGGGGAGUGCUGAAUGUGUUGGAAAAGCAUGGGUUUGUCUUCAUUCACAUAAAGGAUUUGGUUUUCCCAAUGUGAAUAUUAUAAAACCUAUAAUUUUCCCAAGCUGGAGUCUGACCAAAUUCCAUAUAAAACAUUGGAAGGAGAGCUCAAAAAAGAAAAGAUUUUAAAGAUCAAGUCCCGAAUUAUCAAAGCCAAGUGUAAUGGUGAUUUGAGUGUAUCUCCUCUUAAAGAGCAUCUUUCUCAGGGCAGCUCUGUCUCUUACCUAUGUUUCACAAAACCAAAAACCAGAACUUUGCCACUUCACAAGCAAGAACCUCUUAGAAGUCCUCAGAACUAGAAGCGGUGGGAAUCCUUGGCUCAGGUCCUGGUGGGUUUGCUGACUGAGAUGGGGCAAGUCUCAUCAUAAUACCUGGACGACAGUCAAGUGCUUUGAGAUUCUCGGUUGGAGGAGGGGAAGACCCCCCCAACACACACACAUUUUUUGUUUUUAAUCUCUGGGGAAAGAUGUAGGGCCUCUUCCUGCUUCUCUGCCCUUCUGCUCAGUAACCCCCACCUGUGCCUGAAGCAACAGCAUCUGCUGCUCCUUCUCCAGCUGGAAGUUUUUGGCACCAUCUAGGUUAGCAAAGCACAUAGUUAGCCUAAUGCUUGAAAAAAGACUCAUCAUCUUGAAAACCCAAUCAGUUUCAAAGUGUAUUUUGCUUUUCCCUGUUGCCCCUUCCUAAAACAUGAGUUCAGGACAACAGUAUUUUUCUUUAUACGCUUGGUUGUGACUCUUUUUUUUCAAAUAAAAAAAUAAUUGAAGCUCAUGUUUGGAAAAACUGUUGUGAGGCCUACAGUCUUUCCUGCUGGGCUCAGCCCUUGGUGGUCCUCUUCACACUCCGGAUUAGCUGAUUUUGCUCCCUUCUA